UGACCGGGCUGGGCCAGAGCAGCCCAAGAUGGCCGACUUCGAGGAUCGGGUGUCGGAUGAGGAGAAGGUACGCAUAGCUGCUAAAUUCAUCACUCAUGCACCUCCAGGAGAGUUUAAUGAAGUGUUUAAUGAUGUCCGACUACUACUUAAUAAUGACAAUCUCCUCAGGGAAGGGGCAGCCCAUGCAUUUGCCCAGUAUAACAUGGACCAGUUCACACCUGUGAAGAUAGAAGGAUAUGAAGAUCAGGUCUUAAUUACGGAACAUGGUGACCUGGGUAAUAGCAGAUUUUUAGACCCAAGAAACAAAAUUUCCUUCAAGUUUGAUCACUUACGGAAAGAAGCAAGUGACCCUCAACCUGAGGACGGUGAUGGAGGCCUGAAGUCUUGGAGAGAAUCCUGUGACAGUGCUUUAAGAGCCUAUGUGAAAGAUCAUUAUUCCAACGGUUUCUGUACUGUUUAUGCUAAAACAGUAGAUGGGCAACAGACUAUUAUUGCAUGUAUUGAAAGCCAUCAAUUUCAACCUAAGAACUUCUGGAAUGGUCGUUGGAGAUCAGAGUGGAAGUUUACUAUCACACCACCUACAGCCCAAGUGGUUGGAGUGCUUAAGAUUCAGGUGCAUUAUUAUGAAGACGGCAAUGUUCAGUUGGUUAGUCAUAAAGAUGUACAAGAUUCAUUAACUGUUUCGAAUGAAGUCCAGACUGCCAAGGAGUUUGUUAAGAUCAUAGAACAUGCAGAGAAUGAAUAUCAGACAGCAAUUAGUGAAAACUAUCAAACAAUGUCAGAUACCACGUUCAAAGCCUUGCGCCGGCAGCUUCCAGUUACUCGCACCAAAAUCGACUGGAACAAGAUACUCAGCUACAAGAUUGGCAAAGAAAUGCAGAAUGCUUAAAGGCUGAAUGUAAGAUUCUUCAGUACUUAGGGGAAAGAAAA